AUGAUGGACCGCCCCCCGUUCUUCUCACUGCGGUCGCCAACCAACGGCGCCAUAGCUGUGGAAGUCCGCGUUGCCGCGGCGUUGAGGAUCCUGGCUGGCGGCAGUUACUGGGAUGUUGCCCUCAUGUUUGGCUUGUCGAGGGCGGUCACGUUCGACAUCUUGUGGCAAGUGAUCGAUGCCAUCAACGAGACGCCUGCGAUUGGGGCAUUUGACUUCCCCCUGACCGAGGAAGGCUGCAUGCGAAACGCCAACAGAUUCAAGGAGAAGAGCACCGAUGGCAUUUUCUCCUGGGUCGUCGCCGCCGUGGAUGGUCUGUUCAUCAAGGCCAAGGCUCCGUAUGCGAAAGACACCGCCAACGUCCUCGCGUACGGCUCUACGAACGACUGGGUAGCAUGGAAUCGAUAUUUUCUCGCCAAGGCCGUCGCCCGCUUGCCCACCGGAUUUCACAUCAUUGGUGACGCCGCCUACCCCAUCGGAGAAAAGCUUCUGACUCCGUACCCUGGGAGGCUCCUGCCGGCGGGUGAGGACUCGUUCAAUUUCCACCUGAGCCAGCUUCGUGUCAAGAUCGAGCAGAGCUUCGGCAUCCUGGUUUCGACUUGGGGCAUUCUGUGGAGACCUCUCCGCGUGCAGUUCGCAGGACGCGCGGAUCUCAUCACGGCUCUUUUCCAUCUGCACAACUUCCUGCAAGACGAGAAGGUAUCGCCGAUCCAGGUUGCAGAGGAGGACUCGCGCAGCGGACGCAACCGGCCGGCCCUCUGUGCUACGCAGCGCACCUUGCCGGAUGGCUGGCAAACGGAGCAGCCGGCUCCUUCGAGGAGCGGGAGGAUAGCGGCGCGGGAGGGAGAUACCUCAAUGUAGAGGGCGGAGAGCGCUGGAACGACGUGUUUUGGGUGUGGUAUUAGGGUGUCGGCGCAUCCCGGGGAGAGGUGGGGGGUGUGAUGUGUGACAUGUUGAUUCUCGCUGACAUGUUUUGUGGGUGUCGGUGUGGAGCGUUCUGACCAGAUGUGUCCUGGUACACUUGGUUCGUAUUGUGUGUGUUCGUGCCGGCAACACUUUAUGGUUAACAUGCAUCGUGUGCGGAUGAAAGCGGGGUCCUGUGGGUCUUGGAGGGUGCUUGUUUUGCCUAGGGCAUUAAAAAUGUGGGCAUGUUCGACUUUUUUUUCCUAAUUGAUAGGAGGGUGUGAAUCGAAAACGUUGUUGUCGUUGAUACAACUUUAAAUGAUGUCUCUGCAUCCCUGUAUUAAAUAUUCGUCGCGUGGGUGAAACAUUGCUCCAGGUUGCAGACCUGAAGGAGACCCACACACACGCUAAAAAUUGGGGUCUUGUCGAAUCCCAUCGCGAACACAUUCCUGCGCUUCAAGUGAGCAUGCGCGGAGAUGGGAAAAAUUGCAAGGCUCCAAAAUUGCGGAAUCAAAGCGUGCCUCAGAGUUCCCGCCAACACCC